UGGUGACAGAUUCACUGCAGCGGCAUCAAAACACAUGACAGAGCAUCAUGCGAAGUGUCCCGAUCGGCUGGUCGUUAUAUCGGAUUAUUAAAGAUCGAGGUUUUCUGUAGAGUGCAGAGAAUGCUGAUGAGGAUGGUGAGAAGAAGGAGGAUUUCCAGAUGCCGAUACAGCAGUGGGCAAUCGUUCUGUCACUGAUUCUUGCCCUGGAAGGGUAAACAUUUUCGACUGGCCAUUUUUCAAUCUCAGCAGUCAAACCUCAUGGACCACACAGCUCAGAGAAACAAGAGCAGGGCCAGCUACUUUGGAAAUGUUAAGAACAGAUUGGGAUCAAAGCUGCCGGCUGGAAUUUCGCAGCCUCCAGGCUUCAUUACUGCUCAGUGUCCCAUUGGCACUCAGGUUGCACUGGGGAAGAAUGUUGGGCAGGAGUCUGUCAAAGGACAUCACCAAAUCAGGAACCCCAAACUGAGACAGUACUAUCUAAAGGAGGCUGCGUUUCCUGCUAAAGAUCCAACAGCGAAGGCUUUGGAGUCAUGCAGGGACAAUGAAGAUGGAUUACUCAAGAACAAGGCCUCAAUUUCUACGGAGACUGUUUCUGACCCGUGUUCUAGACAAGAGCACAGCCUCGAUCCUGCGCUCGACGUUGGUGUUGUGGGAAACGCGACUCUUGUGUCUCCUUCCACAGAUGCAGAAUAUGACAAGCUGACGGAUGUGGAGGCGGUUCCUUUACCUGAUGGAAAUGUAUGUCUAUUGGCUCUCCCAUCUGAAUGCUCCAAGGGGGAGGGGCCAGCUUGUUUGUCUUGCCUUAAACUAUUCUCUCAUUACAUCACAGACAGAAAGGGUGUGGUCGCUGGAAUAUUACUGGUGACGUCCAGUAAGAUCUUCUUUGACCCUCAGAAGUCUCAACCACUUGUUCAGGAGAAUGGCUGUGAAGAAUAUGUAUUCUCCUGCUCUGUGGAUGAUCUUACCUCAGUGUCCUUCUACACGGACAUCUCUCACAUUCACUUCAACAAGACAUACAGAUGUAACCGUUGUAAGCCAUCAGAGAGCAAAAAAGAGCACAAGAAAACCCAUCAGUCAGCUUUAGAGGCCGUUCUUGCUCCCAAGUCCUCUGUUUCACAUGGUCCGACAAAAAAUCCUGAGGAAGAAGAUGAGGAAGGUGGAGAGGCAGGGGACAUGGCUGAAACUGAGAGACAGCUGACUUCAGAGUCCGGGGGAAUGCUAACAGCGGCUGCUACUUUCUGUUGUGGAGGACAAGACAGCAUUCUGAGAGGAAACAAAGAAUACGAACACAUGGAGAAAGCAGAACCGAAAUCAUAUUUGGAAACACAAUUGUUAGGUACUUGUGCUGCUACAUCUAGCAGUGGUGUAAACGGAUCUCUGAUGUUUGUGAGAAUUCGACAGAAGCUUCAGCAUGCAAAAAAAAAGGCUUUCUCUAAACUUAAAAUCUUCUCCAGGGAUGCCUGGUUCACCAUGCAGCAGGAAAGGUCAGACGAGCUUCACACUUACCUGAGCCAGCAUCGACCAGACCUGUGCAUUCUGGAGGGAGGGGAAGAGGACGAAGCAAAUGAAGAGGAUUUUGUGCUUCUGGAUGAGGAAGAGCAGGAGGAAGAGGAGGGGUCUCCACGAGAAGGCCAGGCUGGGGAGGAAUGGGAGAUGGUGUCAGUGGAGCAGAGUGCGCCGAAAGCUUCUGUGUCUACUGAACCAGAAGGUUUGAGUCACAUUCUGAAGCAGAGUGUCAUCCUGGAUGCCCAACAAGUUAGAGAGAUCUCAAAAGAGCUGCCUCCUCGUACAAUCGGACACACAUGGCAGCUGUCCUACAGCACUGACAAACACGGGGCCAGCCUCAAGACUCUUUACAGGAAACUCAGCACCACUGACUCGCCUGUGCUGAUUCUCAUCAAGGACCACAACCAGCAGGUUUUUGGAAGCUUCCUCUCACAUCCGCUGCAUCCUAGUGAAGCAUUUUAUGGUACUGGAGAGACCUUCCUGUUCCUGUCUCAUCCACGCUUUAAGUGUUUCCGUUGGACUGGAGAAAACUCGUUUUUCAUCAAAGGAGAUUUGGACUCUUUUGCCAUUGGAGGAGGAAGUGGUCACUUUGGUUUGUGGGUGGACGAGAGGUUGUUGUUGGGCAGAAGCAGCCCCUGUUUCACCUUUAAUAACUGCAGCCUGUCUGAGACCAACGACUUCACAGUUCUGGAGUUGGAAGCCUGGACAUUCGGCUGACACUACAAGCAUUGAAAAUAAUAUAAAACAUCAUGAUUUAGUGGAAAUAUGGCCAUUAACAGAUAAACUAUUUCUCCAUUUUACUGACACCUGUAAAUCAAAGGAAAGAGACUCUGAAUGCUGAAUAAUCUGCCUGAAGGGAAUGAAAGCUCACCUAACAUCUUUACCAUCAUGAUGAAAAAAAUCAAUUUCGUCUUGUGAUUAAGAUGCAUUUGGGUCCAGUUCAUUAUUUAAAUGUGUGCACUUGUACAAGAAAUAAUAUCUUUAGGUGAAUUCUGGGACAGAAUGGAGGACAUUUAUCUGAGCGGUACAUGUUUGUACUGGUGAGGUUGAUCGUGGAUCCUGCAUUGUUACUGCAGCUCUGGUUACAGCUUGAAUAUUAUUGUAAUAAGGGACUUUUUUUUUUAUCUGUGUUACUUCAACGCCCUGACUAAAUAGCACUGAUUAAAGUCUCGUCCGCUGUUAGUAAGCACAGCAUCAGCUAUAAACACUGGUUUAGGCAUUAGUUUAAACCCACAGCUGUACUUUUACACACGGAAAAGGUUUCUCAUCACUCAAGCCAAAACAAAAACAAGACUGAAAUGACUUUGGGUUGAAUACCACGCACGUAAACAUCACACAAACCCCAGAGUUGCAUGUUUCAAGUCUUGAGAGGCUUUUGGUCCAACAAACCCUUCUUAGACAUCAACACAAAUUAUCAAGUACCCAUGUGGAUGCAUUCCUAGCCUGUAGGAAAAUCUUCUUUCUGUAAAUAACUCUUACAAUGGUAAUAACAUCAGUUCACCAGGU